AUGGAAGCCGUAUUCGCGAAGAUCGCGGAAGAGACGUCGAAAUUUGAACUUGGCGAUGAGGAGAAAUGGCGCAAAUUAUACGAACCUUUCUAUCCAAAGCCGCCGUCCAAUGUCACUGUCAUCCGCGAUCAGCGAUACGGACCUUUCGAAAGAAACAUGCUAGACGUCUUCGUGCCAAAUGGAGAUGAUUUAGCAAAACCAGUCGUCAUGUAUGUACAUGGAGGAGGAUUCUUCUCCGGUGACAAAAUGUGGACCGAAAAAGUAUAUUCCAACAUCGGGUGGUUCUUCGCUCAACACGGCAUCAUCACAGUGGUGGUAAACCAUCGACUUGUCCCACAUGUGCAGUACCCUGGCGGGGCAGAUGACAUGCAAUUGGCACGCGAAUGGAUCUAUAACCAUAUAUCAUCGGCAAUAUAUGGGCAUGGCUCAGUUGAUAAGGUCGUGUUGUUCGGUCACUCUUCCGGCGGUGCGCACAUUGCAAUGAAUCUCUACUCUGCUAGUAAGAAGUAUUCCCAAUGCCUUGAGCCUACGCAGGGCUUUGUUUCAAUGUGA